AAAUUGGAACAUAAGAAGGAUUAAGACAUAAUUGGUGAAAACAGUAACCGGGGCGCGCCAAACAUCACCAGCAGGCGACCUAAUCAACAUAAUCAAUAAUAAUAACAGGAUAAGAAGAAAGAAGAAGAAGAAGAAAGAAGAAGAAGAAGUGAAGAACAAAAAACCAGUUUCCACUACUCACUUCACUUUACUCUCCAUUCUUCUUCUUCUUCAACUUCUCACCUCCCUCCCCCACUCUAAUGGCCGCAACAGUAAGCAACUGUUGCUUCUCUCUCCUCAACUCCACCGUUAAGCUUCCUCCUUGUUCUGUUUCUACUCGACCCACCACCUUCUCUACACUGCAAACUCCCAUUUCCUCACUAACUCCCAGUAAUCAGGGCAACAGACUUUAUCGCUCAACCAAAGCCUCAUCCUCAUCUUCAUCUUCUCCUCAUUUUGGCAGAGAGAAGGAAUCUGUUUCUGGGAAAGAAUUUCGAGGAAGGAGAGAUGAAAGGAGGUCGUCUAUUUACGUAGAUGGGUCUAAAAGUGGCGGAAAAGCUCAAACAGCAGCUUUUAAAUCAUUUGGAACACAGAGGAAGGACAAGAAAGAUAAAGAAAAAGAGUCUGUGUUCGAUAGAAAAGACCAGCAGGUUGAAGCGGGAAAUCUUCAAGAUGCAACCUUUCUUAAUGCUGUUGUUAAGGUUUACUGCACCCACACUGAGCCUGACUACUCUCUUCCUUGGCAAAAACAAAGGCAAUUUACAAGUACUGGAAGUGCCUUUAUGAUCGGUGAUGGAAAACUGUUGACAAAUGCACAUUGUGUUGAACAUGAAACACAGGUCAAGGUGAAAAGAAGGGGCGAUGACACCAAAUAUGUUGCCAGGGUUUUAGCCAGAGGUGUCGAUUGUGAUAUAGCUUUACUCUCAGUAGAUAGCAAGGAAUUUUGGGAAGGAGCUGAACCCCUUGAAUUGGGACGUUUGCCCCAUCUUCAGGAUGCAGUAACUGUUGUAGGAUACCCCCUUGGAGGAGACACCAUCUCUGUGACGAAGGGUGUUGUAUCACGUAUAGAGGUUACAUCUUAUGCACAUGGAUCAUCUGAUUUAUUAGGCAUACAAAUUGAUGCAGCAAUAAAUCCUGGUAAUAGUGGUGGUCCUGCAUUCAAUGACCAGGGAGAGUGCAUUGGGGUGGCAUUUCAGGUCUACAGAUCUGAAGAGGCUGAGAAUAUUGGAUAUGUUAUUCCAACUACAGUUGUCUCUCAUUUUCUGGAUGACUAUGAGAGGAAUGGAAAGUACACUGGUUUCCCUUCCCUUGGCUUGUUAUUGCAAAAGUUGGAGAAUCCAGCACUACGUGCCUGCUUGAAAGUAAAGUCAAGUGAGGGUGUUCUGGUGCGUAGAAUUGAGCCCACAUCAGAUGCAUAUAACGUCUUAAAGCAGGGGGACGUGAUAGUAAGCUUCGAUGAUAUUCGUGUAGGAUGUGAAGGAACAGUGCCAUUCCGGUCAAAUGAGCGUAUUGCUUUCCGAUAUCUCAUAAGUCAAAAAUUUGCCGGUGACGUUGCAGAGCUUGGUGUUAUUAGAGCUGGGGAAUUUAUGAAAGUUAAAGUAGUUCUAAAACCACGAGUGCAUUUGGUUCCAUAUCAUAUUGAUGGAGGUCAACCUUCUUACUUGAUCAUUGCUGGUUUGGUGUUUACCCCACUCUCAGAACCACUAAUAGAAGAGGAGUGUGAAGACUCCAUUGGGUUGAAACUGUUGACAAAGGCGCGAUACUCUUUGGCUAGGUUUAAAGGAGAACAGAUUGUACUCUUAUCCCAGGUCUUAGCAAAUGAAGUCAACAUUGGGUAUGAGGAUAUGAGCAAUCAACAGGUUUUGAAGUUAAACGGAACUCGAAUAAGGAAUAUUCAUCACUUGGCUCAUCUUGUCGAUUCAUGCAAAGACAAGUACUUGGUCUUUGAGUUUGAAGACAACUACAUUGUUGUCUUGGAGAGAGAAGCAGCUACCGCCGCUUCGUCCUGCAUUCUAAAAGAUUAUGGCAUUCCCUCCGAAAGAUCUUCGGAUUUGUUGGAACCCUACGUGGAUUCGGUGGGAGACAACCAAUCAUUAGACAAGGAUUAUGCUGAUAGCCCAGUUUCAAAUUUUGAAAUCGGUUUCGACGGGCUCCUUUGGACAUGAAUUAUUACAAAGUUUUAAAAAGAGGCCAUUCUGAAAUUUCUCAUUGCAUCAGAUGUAGGAGGUAGGUAGGCAUAGUUUGUUUAUGGUAAAAUUGUUACCACACCUGCUUUUCCUUGGUGCCAUAUUUAUUUGGGAGUUUUUUAACUUUAUUUUUUCUUCUUUAAAAAUAGAUUUUCUAAAAUUCAGUUAAAUCAUUUUUUCCAAAAUGUUAUGUUCUUGUCAAUGAGGGCAUAAAGUAUUUAGAUGUCAUUGCGUCUUAGCCUUGAAAUAAUUCGUGUAAUAAGCAUAUGCAAUGACAAUUAUUGGGUUAUUUGAUAAACGAAUUGAUUAUUUAUUUAUUUAGAGUGGGUUGUUCCUUUUUCA